AUGGUACUCAAUGGGGAGGACGAGAAUGCCCAGCUCCUCGGUAGCUCUUCAGAAGAAGAGAUAUUCGACAUGGCUACAGAUUCAACAUCGCUAGAAUUACGGACUUAUCCUUCGAAAAAAGAAACUGCCGAAAAACAGAAACAGAAGAAAAGCGGGGAUCAAGGAGGACUAUCUAGUUUGGGAUGUUUGAUGCAUAUUUUGAAGGGGAAUAUUGGCACAGGAUUGCUUGCGCUUCCACUGGCGACAAAGCACGCAGGAAUCGUCUGUGGCCCUCUGUUGCUCGUCUUUGUCGCCUUGUUGGCGGUGCAUUCGAUGCAUCUCCUCUCGCAAAACAGCGAGCUCCUCGCUAGACAGAACACUACGGGCCCUCUCGACUACGCAGGCGUUGUCGAGUACGCAGUUCGCUUUGGUGCUGUGAGGUGGCUUCAAAAAUUUCAUAAACCCUUUCGCCACGCGGUCAAUAUUUUCAUCUUCAUCACACAGCUUGGCUUCUGCUGCGUUUACUUUGUCUUCAUGGCCGAGAACCUGGUCCAAAUCCUCGAGUUCUAUGAAUUUGCACAUAUUCCCAGUGUUCGUAUUAUGACGAUAAUUUUGUUUGUUCCUGUUGUUUCGCUCUGUAUGAUUGACAACCUGCGUUCACUUGCACCACUAUCUAUCCUUGCCAAUUUCGCCAUGGUGUUUGCCGUCAUCAUUAUUUACUACUUCUGCAUCGUCUAUAGCGUCAAUAGCAGUGACGUAACGCCUCCAUCGAAUUUACCCAAGUUUGCGUCACUGGCAGAGUUUCCGACAGCGUUCGGAUCCGCAGUGUUCUCCUAUGAAGGAAUCGCAGUCGUCCUGCCUUUGCAAAACUCGAUGAAGAGCAUCAAAGCCUUCAAGUCAGCGCUCAAUACGGGCAUGCUCAUUGUAACAAUCAUGUACUUGUCGAUGGCAAUUCUCGGCUAUUUAGCUUUUGGGGACACUAUCUGCGGCUCGAUCACUCUCAACUUGCCGGAGGAGAGUCUUUACGUUUUCGUCAAGCUCAUCUACAGUUUCGCCAUUUUCAUUACCUACGCUCUUCAAUUCUACGUUCCAAUGUCCAUCCUCUACCCACGCGCAAAAGAGGGCACGACCUCCCUCGUCCGAAAGAAGCUUACACAAAUUUCCCUCGUCGCACUUACGUGUGCACUGGCGAUCGGCGUGCCAGACUUGGGCGAUUUCAUUGCGCUCAUUGGGGCCUCAGCCAGUUCUAUGCUCGCUCUGGUGUUUCCAGCGUUAGUGGACAGCCUGGUGGUCCGGAAAGCAUCUCUUAUCCGUCUGUUCAAAAACAUUAUGAUAAUAAUGAUGGGCAUCGUUGGUGGCAUCGUCGGCACAUUUAUAAGCGUCGAGUCUAUUGUACACGUACUUUCGUCAUCCGAAAGCGGCGACGACUGCAAGCCUGCGACGAUGGACUGGCUUGGGGUCUCCGUAAAUGCUUCAAUUCCUACUUCUAGCUACAAUUAA